UGUCAGCGAGCCCAGAGAUGCUGCUGCCCCGGAGGCCGCUCGGCCGCUGCUCCUUCCUCUUCUUGCUGGCGGUUUCCUUUGACGUCCUGGGGCUCGGCCUCAUCCUGGUCGGGGUGUUCGCGGAGCUGCAGCUGGACGGCCGGAGCUUCGGGGAGUUCCUCAUCUACGGCGGCGGCAUCGUGCUCUUCUUCAGCCUGCUGUGGUGGCUGGCCUGGUACGCCCUCAACCUGGAGGUGCCGCUGGAGGAGCUGAGCCGGGAGCCGCCGGGGUCCCCGGUCCGGAGGAACCUGGUGCAGCUGGCCCGGAAGGUGACCGAGAGCUUCUCCAAGAGGAGCCGCAGGAAAGCUGGAGGCGCCGUCCCGACUACGGCCGCCCUCAGCCUGACCACCGCUGCCGUCAGCCCAACCACCGCUGACUUCAGCCCGACCACCGCUGCCGUCAGCCCGACCACAUUGAGCCCGACCACCGCUGCCGUCAGCCCGACCACAUUGAGCCCGACCACCGCUGCCGUCAGCCCGACCACAUUGAGCCCGACCACCGCUGACUUCAGCCCGACCACCGCUGCCGUCAGCCCGACCACAUUGAGCCCGACCACCGCUGCCGUCAGCCCGACUACGGCCGCCCUCAGCCCGACCACAUUCAGCCCGACCCUGGAGCUCAGUGCUGCCCCCUGCAGGAAGGUGAAUGAGAACUUCUCCAAGAGGAGCCGGAGGAAAGCAGAAGGCGCCGUCCUCAGCCCGACCAGAGCCCUGGAGCUCAGCCCUGCCCCCUGCAGGGAGGUCGGCAGUGGUGCAGGAGGCCAGGGGAUGGCGGACAGGAUGGUGUGACCCUGCUGGAGCUUAUGGAGAUGAAGAACAUUUCAGGAAGCUUGAAUGUCCGACCCGUUUCCAGUGUGACCAGAUCCUCCAAGGCGUCCAUCCUCUUCCCGGAUUCUCCCACCAAGGCACCGCCGCCCUUUUACCGGGUGGAUGUGAAUGAGGCUGGAGGGACAUUUUAUACGAUGAACACUAUUUAUUGCUGCGCACCGGUUAGCGUCUUUUAUUUUUUCUCUCCCUCCCCCGUUAUAAUGGGGACUGUUUCUUUUUGUUUUUUUAUAUCACUCCAGUGGAGCAGAUGGCGUCACUUAUGGGAGAAAGGGGGUCAAAUUAUAAUUUUGUUGUUGUCCUUUUUACAUCAUGUAUAUAUCUGUGUAAUGACUGAUUUGCUGUUUACUUUGACUUUUGGAUUUUACUAAGAUUUCAAUAUAUAUAUAAAAAAAAAAUAUAUAUAUGGUUUUCCUGUGUUUUAUGGGACGUGAGGAUCAGGCUCGCAGGGUAUUCGCCA